ACUGAGGCCAACGAAGGAAAGGUUAAUCCUAGGUCCCUCCGAGCUGGUCGGCUGAGUUUGGACUCCGACUGUUCUUUGGUCAUCAAACGUGUCACUGAUGAGGAUGUUGGUCUCUACACGUGUGGCCGUAAUUAUGAUGAUCGUUACAGCGUCAGAGUGUAUCUCAGUCUGUUUUUAAUCUCUCCAAAACCGACAGACUCUGAUCCAACGAGCAACAAUGAACUCCAGUUAGAGUGUUCUCUGUUCAGAUUCAGAGAUCUUCAUCUUUGUCCACCAUACCGUCUCCUCUGGGUGAAUGAGACAGGAGCUGAGAUUACUGACGGUGUUACAGAGACUUUCAGAGAUGAAGGCUGUUUCUCUGACCUGAAUGUGACUCGUCAGAGCGGACACAACAAGACAUUCACCUGCCAGGUUGUUGAUGAGGAGAACAAUGUGGAGAUACAGGCCGACUACACACCUGUCUUCACAGCUUCAACAGACUGGUCUCCUCUGAGCUCCAUCAUGCUCGUUCUGCGUAUUUCAGCUCUUGUUUUGAUGAUCGUGAGCACUGUUUUGGUCUUCACCCUCAGAGGUAACAUCAAACCACGGCGUAAAGAAACCAGCAUGCAUGAGGAUGUCAUUGAAGCCGACAAUGAAAAUGAUGAAGCAUUUGGUGCUGCUUCCAUCGAACUGCAACAACUUCCAGAUCAAGAUUAAGUCAAGAGAAAGUCACAGCUUCCCUUCCGGUCCCCUGAAGAUUAUUGAAUUAAGAAAAUGUGAGGAAAAUGUUUAAUGGUAUUUACAGUGUCUUUUCAUUUUCACAAA